AUGCCUGAGGGACAAGCCCCGCAAUCCAGAGAGCGUAGUAUUUCGGGUGACGUUGAGGAGUCGGAUUUUGAUUCGCAUGCCGGGGAUAAUAAUCCUCCAGGUAAACCAGGCCGGAAGAAAAAUCCCAACUCUCAAGCUGCACGACGAGACCAAAAUCGUAUCGCACAAAGAGAAUUUAGGCUUAGGAAACAACAGAGGAUACGCGACUUAGAGGCUCGUGUUGAAAUAUUGUCAGGUGGUGAAAAUGAAGCUCUGGGGGAAAUGAAGAAUAUGCUGAAAGGCGAGUCCUCCGGAGAUUUCUAA